AUGGGGGGCGCUACUGCAAUAGCUCGUAACGUUGUUGGCAUUAUAGGCAAUGUCAUCUCCUUCGGCUUGUUCUUUUCACCUGCUCCUACUUUCUUUGGAAUUAUAAAGAACAAGUCAGUGGAAGAGUUCAAGCCUGAUCCUUACAUAGCUACGUUGCUGAAUUGUGCGUUUUGGGUGUUCUAUGGAUUACCUUUUGUGCACCCACAUAGCAUUUUAGUCCUCACCAUCAAUAGUGUUGGGCUUGUGUUCGAGUUUGUCUAUCUUACCAUAUUUUGUAUCUAUGCCAGCGACAAAGGACGGAAAAAGGUGCUUCUUUUUCUUUUCAUAGAGGUUAUUUUCUUUGCUGCCAUUGUUCUUAUAACAAUGCUGGCUCUGCAUGGCACUCACCGAAGGUCGUUAGUGGUUGGUGUUCUCUGUGAUGUCUUCAAUGUUAUGAUGUAUGUCGCUCCUCUUACAAUCAUGGCAAAGGUUAUAAAAACUAAGAGUGUGAAAUACAUGCCAUUCUGGCUCUCUCUGGCUAACUUCCUUAAUGGUGUGUGCUGGACAACUUAUGCUCUCAUCCACCCCUUUGACAUUUAUGUUUUGAUUAGCAACGGUAUUGGAGCAAUCUCUGGACUUUUUCAACUCAUGCUAUAUGCUUGCUACUGCUCCAACAAGGGAGAAAAAGAUGAUGAUGAUGGUGAUCGUGACUUAAAGCCAAGUGGGGUUCAGCUUUCUACCUUAAAUGGAAGAAGUGCAGUUUGA